AUGUUAACGACACAACAUGAGAUAACUGUCGAGUGGUACUUCAAACCGCUCUCUCAAGCGGUGGUUCCUUUUGGGCAUGAUGAUUCUAGCUUAUAUACCGACGCUGUGGCUUUUGCACCGACGGUUGGGGAUCUUUGGCAAAGCACUGAUGAGCUGGCGCUCAACAGCACGCAUAUGAAUCUUGCAUCAAAUGAUCCUGUUCAAACCGUUUAUGGGUCCGGUAUUCAAAAAUUGCAGAUUCAGAAGACAGUUUAUGACCCAUUUAGUCGAUUUAGUCAAUUCCUUCCGCUGUAG